AUGGCCAAACUGCGUCCCCUGAGCGCCGAACUGCGUCGCAUUGCCGAAUCGGAGCUGAACGAAGUGGAGGAGCGGGUGCCCGCCGAUCUGGAGGCUCUGCGGGAUUGGCUGACCAAGCAGCCGCAUCUCAGGGCACGACAGGAUGACCAGUUCCUGGUGGGCUUCCUACGAGGCUGCAAAUUCAGCCUGGAGAAGACCAAGUCCAAGCUGGACCAUUUCUACACCAUCAAGACGCUAAUGCCGGAACUGUUUGCCAGUCGAGUGGUGGACGAGAAGAAUCUAGCUUUGUGUCGAACGGGAACCUAUGUACGAUUGCCAAACCCCUGGGGAGAGGGAGGCCCUCGCCUGCAGCUCACAAACUACGAGAAAUUGGAUCCCAAGAAGUUCAAGUUGCUGGAUCUCUUCCGCUACCAAACCAUGUUGUCGGAACAUGCCGUUCGUGAGGAUGACAACAGCAACAUUAGUGGCUACAUCGAGAUCAUCGACAUGGCCAAAAUGAGCCUGAGCUUUCUGGCCCAACUGGACUUCACGCUGAUCAAGAAGAUGGGCAUAUUCGCGGAGAAGGCUCAGCCCACUCGCCUGAAGGGAGUCCACCUGAUCAACUGCCCCAAGGAGGGGGUGGCCCUAUUGAAUCUGGCCAAGAGCCUCAUGCCCAGCAAGCUCCAGCAACGGUUUCACGUGUACAAGAAUCUGGAGCAACUAUACGAGGUCAUACCACGUGAAUAUCUCCCCGAGGAAUAUGGCGGCAGCAAUGGACGUAUUGCUGAUAUCCAGGCGGAAGCCGAAAAGCAAUUGCUCAGCUACAAGAGUUAUUUCGCGGAGGAUUCCCAGUACGGAGUGGAUGAGCAUCUGCGUCCUGGAAAGCGUGUCAGUGCCGACUCCAUUUUCGGUGUUGAGGGCUCCUUCCGCAAACUCGACAUUGAUUAAAAUCCAAAGUGUUCAAAAAUAGUUGUUUAACGAGAGUGUGAAAAUGUCUUAAUUAAAUGCGCCAAAUGCAAACCUCAAAA